CGAUCCUAGUCGUAGAUGUAGAUGUAGAGCACUACAAUAUCGUAUCAACUGCAAGGGAGAUAUAAACUAUAUAGACAGAGGAUGUCAGACGUGUUACACGACAGAAGAAUACUUGUCAAAAUAUUACUCAAGCUGUGGUAUGUUUGGGUGGAGUAGAUGUACCAAAACAAGAACUUCAACCAGACAAAAAUCAUAUUCAUGCAAGUGUUCAGUAAAUGGAGGAUGGAGUGGCUGGUCAACGAAAAUCACAUGGCGUAAUGAUUGUUCAACAACAUGUGGAUCAGGAAUAGAAACAGGAUACAAAACCAGAACUUGUACAAAUCCAGCUCCUCAAUACGGCGGCAGCAGUUGCUCUGGUUCUAGUACACAAACACAGCAUCGAUCAUGUAAAAUCAUAGAAUGUCCAAUUAAUGGUGGAUGGACAUCUUUCUCUAAAUAUAUAUGGAACAACGAUUGUUCAGCAGCAUGUGGUGUAGGUGUAGAAUCGGGAUAUAGAACGAGAUCAUGUUCCAAUCCUACCCCAGCAUAUGGAGGAAAAACCUGUUCUGGUGCAGCAACAGAAAAAGCAACUCGUAGUUGUAAGAUAAAGGAAUGCCCAAUUGAUGGACAAUGGAGCGAUUAUUCUACAGUAUCAUGGAAAAAUGACUGUUCAACAACUUGUGGCGUUGGAGUAGAAACAGGAAUAAAAACAAGAACCUGUUCUAAUCCGACACCAGCUUAUGGUGGCAACCCAUGUAAAGGAGAUUCCUCAUCUACGGAAAAACGGCAGUGUCAACUUAAAGAAUGUCCCAUUGCUGGAGGUUGGACUGAUUACUCAGUAGUCACGUGGAGUGGUAAAUGUUCUACGACUUGUGACUUCGGAACAGAAUCAGGAGUAAAAACCAGAACAUGCACAAAGCCAGAGCCAGCUUUUGGUGGUAAACCAUGUGUCGGAGAGUCUACGGCUACAGAGAAUCGACAGUGCAAAGCUAAGGAAUGUCCAAUUGAUGGCGGAUGGACUGAAUACUCUCCUGUCACAUGGAAAGGUGAAUGUUCAACUACUUGUGACUUUGGAACAGAAUCAGGUGUAAAAACAAGAACAUGCACCAACCCAUCACCAGCAUAUGAUGGUAAAGAUUGUGACGGAGAGUUAUCUGCUACAGAAAGUCGACAGUGUAAACUGAGAGAAUGUCCAGUUGAUGGCAGCUGGAGUGAAUACUCUCCUAUCACAUGGGGCGGUGAAUGUUCAACUACUUGUGACUUUGGAACAGAAUCAGGAGUAAAAACAAGAACAUGCACCAACCCAUCACCAGCAUAUGAUGGUAAAGAUUGUGACGGAGAGUUAGCCGCAACAGAAAGUCGACAGUGUAAACUGAGGGAAUGUCCAAUUGACGGUGGAUGGUCCGACUAUGGACCUUUCACAGAAUGGAGUUCAUGUUCUGUAACAUGUGGCAUGGGAAUACAGACGAAGUCACAUGACCGAACAUGUACCAAUCCGGAACCUCAGUAUGGUGGGAAAGUAUGUGAAGGAGAAAAAACCGAGACUGUGAGCAAAGACUGUGACAUGGACAAAUGUCCAGAAACUAUUUGUUCUGAACUGGGACAAGGACACACUUUCACUGCCCAUUUACAGCAGUGCACAAAGUAUUUGAACUGCUUAAAUGGAGUAGUAACUGUGGCGAGUUGUAGUGAUGGUACAGAAUGGAACAAUGACCAGAAGACAUGCGCAUUUCCUACAGCAGGUAGCACAUGUCUGGCAACAGAACCAAAUGAUGAAGGAGUAUCGUGUCAAUUUCACGGACAACAUCUUUCACAUCCAACUGAUUGUCACAAGUUUUAUCAGUGUGUUGGCACUACACCAAACGAGAUGUCGUGCAGUAAUGGUUUAGCUUGGAAUGAAGUAAUUGGAAACUGUGACCAUGCAGUAAAUGUAGAACUUUGUAAUGUAAAUAAUCCAGAUGAUGGCGCUGCUGAUGCGGAAGAUGAUACAAAUGAGUCAGUGAUAGAGGAGUUUGUCUGUGGAGGACAUACCGGUUACUUUGCUGAUCCUAAAGAGUGCACCAAAUACUACUGGUGUGUAGCUGGACAGAAAUACCACAUGCCGUGUGCUGCAGGAACUCAUUUUGAAAAUGGAGGGUCAGAUAAAACAACGACAAGAUAUUGUGUAGGAGGAUACGAACAGGACGAUGCAUCUGUUUUAUGA